AUGGAUAAGAAUUAUUAAAAUGUUCUGGCACUUCUUCCUUAUGGAAUUAAUAUUUUUAUUUUAGGACGUUCAAAGAUACUAAGAAUUUUAAUAUUUACGAUUAUAGCCGGAAUUCAGAUACUUAUUUUCUUAGCAAUAAAGCCACCUAGUUGUCAUGAUAUAGAAUGUCCAAAGAUUGAAAAGAAUUAUGAAAGAAUAUUAUUCUACGAAAAGUAUAACAUAUAGGAUGACGAUUUAAAUCUCCUGAGAUCAGAGCAUUUCUAAUAAUCCUACAUAAUCAAUGCUUUUAAUUUCUAAUUAGGGGUAUUCUUAAUAAUUUUUCCCCCUCGUUAUUAUUAAAGGGAAAGUAUGAAAAAGAUGAUCAAUUCCAAUUUUUCUAUCACUCUUGUUGACAAACAGAAAAUUAUAAAAAAUACCAUACUGUUAAUUUCACUUAUUUUUGAGCUCUUUCUCAUUUAUUAGAAUUCAAGAAAUAUCAUUAUAUCCUUAUAAGUAAAGAGGAGAUAUGUUCCUUUUUCCAUAAGAACUAACGUAGAAAUUUUAAGGAGUUCUUUUAAUAAAUUUCUCAAGAAUAGGAACAGGUCUCAAAUUAAGGGGAUCUAUCAUAGACUUAUAGAGCAACAAGACAUACUUGAAACGAAACCAGAAGUUAGCUUAUUUUCUAUCAGAAUUUACUAGAUUUUUUAUUGCUAUUUUUGGCAUUUAUCAAAUGUUUUUGUGAAAAAUAUUAAAAAUGAUAUUAUCCAUAUUUCAAAAUAAAGACAAUGUGAAAAUCCUCUAACUUAAGAAUAUUUUCCUCUGACAGAUAUUUUACUUUCUUAAUUUACUCUCUAAUUCUAUUGA